AUGGCCUCCUGGAUCUUCCCCUCUGCUCCUCCAAACAUCUCCGAGCAUUUCAUGUACGACAGCUUUCUGCAAAACGAAUCCGACUCCAACUCCGGCAACUACACGGACUAUGGCUUCAACCGGACCAGCACCAUUGUCAUCACAUGCAUGUACUUUAUGGUUUGCACCGUCGGACUUUGUGGAAACUCGCUGGUCAUUUACGUCAUCCUACGCUACGCCAAGAUGAAGACUGUUACAAAUAUAUACAUUCUAAAUCUGGCUGUUGCUGAUGUUUUGUUCAUGUUGGGGUUGCCGUUUAUUGCCAUCCAACUUGCCCUGGUCCACUGGCCAUUCGGUCCUGUCUUAUGUCGAGUUGUGAUGACUGUAGACUCUUUGAAUCAAUUCACUUCAAUCUUCUGCCUUAUGGUCAUGAGCAUCGAUCGCUACUUGGCCGUGGUGCAUCCUAUCAAGUCAACGAAAUGGCGCAAACCCCGCAUGGCCAAGACUAUCAAUGUAACAGUGUGGGGCGUCUCGCUGAUGGUCAACCUGCCUAUUGUCAUCUACAGUGGAAUUAUCACGAAGCAGGACGCCUGUUUUUGCUCAAUAGUUUGGCCUGAGCCUCAAGAAGCGUAUUACACAGCUUUUAUGUUCUAUACUUUUGUCCUGGGGUUCUUUCUACCUUUGCUGGUGAUCUGUCUGUGCUACCUAUUUAUCAUUAUCAAAGUCAAAUCUUCAGGAAUUAGAGUGGGAUCUUCAAAAAGAAAGAAAUCAGAGAGAAAAGUAACCCGGAUGGUGUCUAUCGUAGUGGCCGUGUUUGUUUUCUGCUGGCUGCCCUUUUAUGUGUUCAACGUGACCUCGGUGACCGGCACUCUCUCCACCACGCCCAUCCUGAGGUCCACUUUUGCUUUCGUGGUGGUUCUGGGCUACGCCAACAGCUGCGCCAACCCCAUACUCUACGCCUUUUUGUCAGAGAACUUCAAAAAGAGUUUCCAGAAUGUUUUGUGCUUGAAGAAGGUGGGAGGACUGGAUGAGGCCGAGCGCAGUGACAGCAGGCAGGAUAAGUCUCGCAUGAUCAACGACCCCACAGAGACGCAGAGCACACUUUUCAACGGGGAUCUGCAAACCAGCAUCUAA